AUAACACCUCAAUUGUCCCCAGGGUGUAAAUAGAACAAAACGUUAGAAGGUUUUGUGUCAUAAUUGUCAACCAGUGCCUUUAACUGUUCAAAAUGUGGGAUGUUAUGUUGUAUACCUUAAAAUGUUCAGCAUUUGAUAGAGUUUUUAUGUAGAUAGGAGUUUACUCCGGUUUAUUGUGCAUGAAAUGAUGGAUUAGCAAAUGUUUAUGGAGAUAUGAUGUCCAAGUACAACUUCUCUUCAAGUCGACACAUGUUCUUCAUCUAUUGGCCGAAUAUCUGAAUGAGACAGAUCACAAUUAAAAGCUAAAAAUCACAACCUGCCAGCGACAACCUGCCAGCGACAACCUGCCAGGUCUACAGAGAAUGAUUGGAUGAAUACUCUCCAGCUUCAAAAUGGCUUCCAUUGUAGACAGAUUGCGUGCACAUAUUCAUCAGUCUGGUCCAGCAAAGACUGGUCCUGGGAAAGCCCUCCUGGUGUAUGAUGGCAGAGCAUGGCCGGUGGUGAAAUGUGGAGCUGUGUAUGUGACAGAUGAGGACAAGGCUAAGAAAGUUACCAAGAACGUGAUCUCGCUGGGGCAAGGCUCUGAGGAGACCAAACGGAAGUCAUCAUCAAAAUACACGCUUGCCAUCGGGUCUAGCUUUGGCCACAUCCAUACCUUCUUGAAGGACUCUGACAAUGUUCUGAAAUGUUUUGACCAAACGAAAGCCGAGGACAAAUGUCUCCUGCUGAUACGGAAACCCAAAUCCUCUUCAAAACAGAGUUCGUUUUCUUGGAAGAUGCUCAAGGCUGCCUCCUGGUCCAACCUCAGCAGUGCUGACACCCAUAGCAGGGGCAACGACACACUAACCAAGAAAUCCAACCCAAUUUUCAAAAGACUUACAGUCGACCUCACUUUACCUCCUGAGAAAUCACCAUCAGAAGCAGCCAAUCAGAAUUCGAGAGUCCCCCAGCCUUUGACAAAUCAGAAUUCACUGUCCAAUUUAUCGACCAUUGGUGAGGAUGUGGAUUGUAACCAAACAAUUCAGCAGGAAAAUGGCUGCACAAAACAGCCUCCACAGAAUGUAUACACCUCUUACCCUUUUGAGGACAAUUUUCUGCCUGGCCCUUUGAAACCAAAUUCUCGUCAGAAAUCUUUGAGCAGUUUUGAUAUACGACCUGAAAUUGAUGGUGAAAUUAACAAUAACAACAACAACAAAAUGGGUGGGAAUGUCAGUCACAGUCACAAGGGACAUCACUCCAAAGGGAAAGGUGCAGUAAUUCAUGAAAACCAUAAUGAAGGUGAAACAUUUGGAUUUCAGACCAGCAGUGAAGGUCACAGACCCAGGGGUCAAGGUCAUAAAACCCUAGGUCCCUCGCCUCCAUUUCCUUUCCGGUUAGUGGAUGUGGAUGCUGGAAGUGACCUUGAUUCGGAAAACAAUAAUCACAGGGGAUCAAGACCCGUUAGACUUGGGGUUAAUCCCCCGCAACUUGACAAAAGGAACCAUCAAGAUAAACAUGCGGGCCAUGGUGACAAUUUCCAGACUUCUUAUAAUAAAAGCCUGUUGAACCCUGUUGGAAAUUUACCUCAGACCAAUGGAGAAAGUGGUCAGAGAGUGCUUAAAGGUCAAGGUAUAUUUGGUCAAAGUGAAGGGACAUGGUCGAACAGUGCUGCUAGAAAUGCCAAACAAACUUAUACUGUCGGGAAUGUUGUUAAAAAUCCAGGUCAAAUGAGUAGUGCUAACAGUGAGAAAGUAAACAAAGACAAAUUUGGACUGGAUACAUACCAAACUGGUUUUAAACAGGAAUUAAAUCAGCCAAUAAUGAGUGCCGUGAAACCAGUGACUAGUUCUCCAAAGGCUGUAAGGAAAAACUCAGAUGUUAGAAACACUGUGGCAUCAAAUAGUUCUAUUGGCCAUGUAUCCAAUGCAAAUAAAAUGCAAUUUGAAGGGCAAAUUUUGAAUGAACGAAAUGACCUUGACAUUAAAGGUAAAGUACCAGAGAGUAGUCAGUAUUCCAACCAUAACCGAACAGUAAACAGACAACAGAGUGAUCCUAGGAAACCGUCUGUUGGGUCUGAUGUGACUUAUGCCACAAUACAGAAACCAAGCACAAAUGGUUUCCCAGGCAACCAAAGCAAUAGUAACAAAGGUCAAAGGCAUAGGUCAAUGGAAGGAAUAAUAGGGAAAAAUCCACCAAGUGACAAACCAGAAAAACAUGUAAAUGAUUCAGUAGAUGGGUCAGUACAAUCCCCAGAAACAAAACAGCCGGUUGUGAAAACCAAAUCGCUUGGGGACUUGACUGAAGGAUGUACAUUUUCUUUGGUUGGUCAGAAAAAACCCAUGGCUGACCAGUAUUCCCCACCCACCAAAACUGAAUCUGUGGUUCCCGAUUUCACUGGUUCCCAGAUGAUGAAACAUAUGAGGAAAUAUCGAGAAAUCCAAAAGACGAAUCCAGGCCUGAUACCAGUUAAAGGUAAAGCUUUGGAUGAUAUGGAUGCUUUGAAACAAGAUCAGUGUAUCAAUGUGAACAAGCAUACACCGGACUUCAUAAAUAAGGCUGGAAAAAAGUCUGCACACUAUUCAUCCCUUCAGCAUUUGGCAAUGAGUGUUGUGGAUAGUCAAGUGCCCCAAGGGCCAGCUCCCAUGAAACCCAAAAGAUGCCUACCCCAAACUCCAGGUGAUGUUCAUGAGAAGAAGAGACACAUGACAGACAUUGUCAAGAGUCGGGUGAGCAUUAGUAGUGAAAGCAGUGGCACAAGUCCAAAUUCCAGUAACAGUGCAUCAGUGCGUGGGAACUCAGUGGAGAUGCGAUCUGGGGGUGUAAGCGCCACACCUUCUGAUAGAGAGGUUAGUGAAUUGUUUGUGGGUAACAGAUCUGAUAUUAUGUGGGCUAGUCCUCAACACCCCCAGCCUGUGUGCAAUAAUGCGGGGAGCAGUCAUGUUUCCCAGCACAGACAUUAUGGGAAUGAUGUGUCAAAUAAUCUACGCAAGUCUGGCUCAUUUGGGUCACAUGACCAGAGCAUGGUUAUCCCCCCUGGUGGAAGACUAAGUGAAUCAGGGCAGACUACUCUCACCUCCCAAAGCACAAUUGAUUCAGGGUACAUAACUACGGAUCCUGACCAUGAAACACUGUCAACCUCGAGUUACGCCAAAUCAUUGCAACAGUCCGCUCACAGUCUCUUUAAAAGGCAUUCUCAGAAGGGAGAUAACUGCAAACAGCAACAGCCUACAAAUAUAUACAAGGGAGAUAAUUUUGCAAGUUUUAAACUGGCACAACCAAGCAAAAAGUAUUUGAAAGAUUCUCAUGCUCAUACUAGGUCCUGGUUGGAAAAUCAUCCUGGUACAUUUGAAAAUGAGCCGUAUACGGUUGUCGAAACUGAAGAAAAUUUCCAAUACCCUGAAAAUUAUCGAGAUGAUAACAUGGAAACAGAACUUCAUUACCGCGGCCAGCAACUUCCUUCGAGGACUGAGUGUGAUACAAAUAACAAUAAACAUGUGAAAAAAUCUGAAAGCAGAGUUACUGAACUUGAUUUAACAAGCUCUGAACCGAAGAUCAGGAGUAGUAAUCAAAGACUGCAUCAUCAGUUGUCUGAACCGUCUGUGAUCAAGUGUGAACAGUAUAGCAGUGUGGGGGACAAUCUAAAGUCAAAAGGGAAGUCUAUAUCUAUGGCCCAAGGCCUUAACCUUAUCGGCAAAACUUGUGACCCGAAAUUGUCAAAUAACUACCUCUCAAAGUCUCAACCAAAGUUUACCGGAUCCUUGAAGGAUUUGCUCGGUGGUGAUAGACACAUUGUGCCAAUAGAAACUGUGAAACAUGAAAGUGCGCCUGUAGCUAACACAUUGCCAGGUAGCUGGAAAUACCAAGGUUUGUCCAAGUCUGAAAGCAGUUUACCACAGCUUAGAAAACCCAGCUUGUUUCAGUUAUUACAGAAUUAUAAUCUGUGUGCAGUACGUGUACUUUUACCCGAUAAUUUCAACAUCACGGACAAUAUUCGCUUGAUCGAAUGUGAGGUUGUCUUGCCAUUUCCGUACAUUUCUGGAAAAGAUAAUUCUGCUUUGUUAAGUCCUAAAGGCAGCUAUGCAAAACUUGGUUCACCAAACAGCGCUUUCAAGCCGGUUUCCAGUGGCCAUGGUUCGCCAGUAAAAUCUGUUUCCAUGGUUACAAUUAUGGAAAUCUCUACAGAACUGUCUGCCUUGAUAGAGUCUCAGAGUCACCUGCAGAAAGGGGAUUUAAUCAUUGAAGUGAAUGAGCGACUAAUGGUUGGUGAAACCAUGGCAACCUUGACAUCAUUGCUGCAGGAGUCAGAGCGGGAGCUUCUUCUAACCAUUGCCAGGGAUCACGCUCGGGUAGCCAACAAUGAGCGGGAGUCAAAUGCCCCUACGGAGGAGGACUUCCGACAGAUGGAACAGCGCAUCAACCAGCUCACAAAUCAGCUGCAGAAGAAGGACAGCAUGAUCAGACAACUGAAUGAGCUGUGCCAGUCAAAGAGAGCACGCAAGGGAGGCAACUCUGACACUAAAGAACACGGCGGUUAUUUAUGUAGCCUGAGUGAUGAUGAAUUCAUUGUGUGAUUAUGUAUCUGGGUGAAUCUGGGUUAUUAACUGGAACUGUGUCGCAACAUUUCAGCAAGGAAAAUUAAGGGUGAUAUGUGUCCUGGAUUUUUCUUUUGCGACUGAUUGAAACAAUAACAUUGAAGUGUUAAGCCUUAAGGUUUCUUGAUCUGUUACACAAGUUUUAUACUCAAAACUUUCAAUGUUUUUGUACAUAGUUGAGACAGUGAUAAUGUAAUAUUUGUCCAGUAUAAGGAAUCCUUAUUUAUGUUAUAUUAUUUUCAGUAGAUUUGUUAACUUAAAUAUCUUACAAUUAAAAUUACUGAAAUACAUGGUUUCAAUUAAGCACCAUAAAAAUGUUAUAUUGAAUGAUUAUAUAAUGUUGAAAAUAUUGAAGCUCCCUUUCUGCUGGCAGUUGAACUUACAGUAGCAUCUGUUUGUAGAAAUAUUUAAGAGUGUUGCAUAUUUGUUGAAGAAAUAAUAUGUAUAUCUGUAUUUGUAUGCAAAUUUAAAUGUUAUUGUUGAAGUUGUUCAACUUUCAUUAAACUAUGAUGAUUCAUAAGCAUAUAUCCUACAAAUAUUCUUGAUCUUCAUAUUUGAUUUGUUUUUUCCUAAAGAAAUUAUUUGAACAUUUGUCACCAUAACAUGGUAAACUAUAAUUCAGAUUGCCAAUCAUUGGACAUACUUAUUUAUGUACUGAAUUCAUCAUGAGACCAUCUUGAAAGAAGAAACUGCUGCAAGGUUGAGGUGUAGUUGUUCAUCAAUGUAUGUUCAAUAAUAUUUAUUUAUAUAUAUUAUUGAAAUUAUGCAAGUAAUUAUGCAAGUUUUUAGUAAUUUAUUAUAUUUUUGUAAGCCCAGUCAAUAAAACAAUUCUGAUGUU